AUGCCGUUAUUAAAUUAUCCAACGGUUUCUUGGUUUCCAAUUCUAUCAUCUUCAUCUUUGUCCAAUUCACAGGGCCUUAUUACACAUGGAGGGUUUCUUCGAAUCGAGAAAUCGAAACGUAUAUUAUGCAAUAAAAAAACCGUUGUCCGAAAAUUGUCGAGAAAUCUCGAUUUUGUGAUUAAUGCCGCCGCCGCUGCUGGUGCCGAGAGUGGCCAAAGAAGCAACCGAAUCGGCACUAAAGAACAAUGUGCAGUUAAUGAGUUUGUGAGAAACAAGUUUCUGCAACAGGAAAUCGAAUUCCCGACGUCUGGUUUGGAAUCUGUACCAGGCGACGGUGAAGGCGGUAUAGAAAUGACAGGGAGUAUGCAACUUAUUCGUGAAUUUUGCGACCUCGUCAUUACUCCAGAGAAAGUCACACGGACUCGAAUUUUCUUUCCCGAGGCCAACGAAGUGGAUUUUGCAAGAAAAUCGGCAUUCGGAGGAUCUUCAUUGAAAUUGGACUACUUAACAAAACCGUCGUUUUUCGAAGAUUUCGGCUUCGGAACGAAAGUUAAAAUGGCUGACAGAGUAAAGCCGGAAGACGAACUUUUCUUGGUUGGAUAUCCGUAUUUUAAUGUUAAUGAGAUGCUUGUGGUUGAAGAACUGUAUAAAGAAGCUGUGGUCGGGACUUUGCGUAAAAUGAUUAUAUUCAACGGUGAACUUGACAGAAUACGAUCCGGCUAUUAUCCGGCGUUUUUCUAUCCGAAACUGGCUGCACUGACGCAAUCGUUUCUGCCGAAGAUGGAGACUGUUUAUUACAUUCACAACUUCAAAGGUCGAAACGGAGGUGUCCUUUUCAGGAGCUACCCUGGACCAUGGAAAGUAAUUAAAAGAGUGAGAAACAAAUAUGUAUGUGUGCAUAAGCAGGAAAAGAUGCCAUCACUUAAGGAAGUUGCUUUGGAAAUUCUUCCUUCAGCAUAAACUCUGUAUGCAUGUAUAUAUAUGCUUAUAUAUAUAUACUUUCUAUGAAUCAACUUUGGCUUAAUUCCACU